CCUCCCCCUCCCGGCCUCCUCGCAGCCAAACUGAAAGCCGGACCCAGGCCGCCUCCCGCCGCCGCCGCCGCCGCCGCCGCCGCCCGGCCUCCCUGCAGCGCUCCACCAUGGACAGUCCUGUUUUCCCCUUGUAAAGAUGGCGGUGCGGGGUCGCUGCAACCUUUAGACUCAUGACUGUCCGAAACAUCGCCUCCAUCUGUAAUAUGAUUCCGCACGCGAUGAUGAAUUGCUUCCAGCAGAGCUCUCGGUGUUUUCUCUUGCAGGGCACCAAUGCCUCUGCUCUGGAAAAAGACAUCGGCCCAGAGCAGUUUCCCGUCAAUGAGCACUACUUCGGAUUGGUCAAUUUCGGGAACACGUGCUACUGUAACUCUGUGCUUCAGGCCUUGUACUUCUGCCGGCCGUUCCGUGAGAAUGUGCUGGCAUACAAGGCCCAGCAAAAAAAGAAGGAAAACUUGUUGACGUGCCUGGCAGACCUUUUCCACAGCAUCGCCACGCAGAAGAAGAAAGUCGGCGUGAUCCCACCAAAGAAGUUCAUUUCAAGGCUGAGGAAAGAGAAUGAUCUCUUUGAUAACUACAUGCAGCAGGAUGCUCACGAAUUUUUAAACUAUUUGCUAAACACUAUUGCGGACAUCCUGCAGGAAGAGAAGAAACAGGAGAAACAAAAUGGGAAAUUAAAAAAUGGCAACAUGAACGAACCUGCAGAGAACAACAAACCAGAACUCACCUGGGUCCAUGAGAUUUUUCAGGGAACGCUCACCAAUGAAACUCGAUGCUUGAACUGUGAAACUGUUAGUAGCAAAGAUGAAGAUUUUCUUGAUCUUUCUGUCGAUGUGGAGCAGAAUACAUCCAUUACCCACUGCCUAAGAGACUUCAGCAACACAGAAACACUGUGUAGUGAACAGAAAUAUUAUUGUGAAACGUGCUGCAGCAAACAGGAGGCCCAGAAAAGGAUGAGAGUGAAAAAGCUGCCCAUGAUUUUGGCCCUGCACCUGAAGCGGUUCAAGUACAUGGAGCAGCUGCACAGGUACACCAAGCUCUCCUACCGCGUGGUCUUCCCGCUGGAGCUGCGGCUCUUCAACACCUCCAGCGACGCUGUGAACCUGGACCGCAUGUAUGACCUGGUGGCCGUGGUGGUGCACUGUGGCAGCGGUCCUAAUCGUGGGCAUUAUAUCACUAUUGUGAAAAGUCAUGGCUUCUGGCUUUUGUUUGAUGACGACAUCGUAGAGAAAAUUGAUGCCCAAGCUAUUGAAGAAUUCUAUGGCCUGACGUCAGAUAUAUCAAAAAAUUCAGAAUCUGGAUAUAUUUUAUUCUAUCAGUCACGAGAAUAACUUAAAGGACCGUGGGACUAACUCAAGAGGGGGAGUGUUCAAGCACUGUUACUGGGUUCUCUGCGGACUUGCUUCUCCCCGCGGACCACCAAUGUAUUACUGCGAGUCUCAAUGAUCUGGCUGUGUUAGUCUCUCUCUCUCUCUCUCUCUCUCUCUCUCUCUCUCUGUUUUUUUUCUACAUGCAGCACUAUUCGUGGUCUUAUUUUAGUCUGAGGUAGAAGUUAACUGCAAUCAGAUUGUAGUAAGAUUUAUAUGAAUAACAGUUGCUAAUUUUAGGGUCGGGUAAACAUUAUGCCACUGGCUGUCUCUGGCUGGAUUAGAAUGACAUGUCCUAGAAUGUCUGCAGUCUGUGUGGAGUCUUUGCUGAGCUUCCUAAAUGGUUUCCAGGGUCUCCUUUCAAUGCAUUCCUUUACCAGGUCCCUGGAAACGUUGCUACCCAUGUUUAGCUUCUCUGCCUGGAAGGACAGAAUUGGGUAGAUGUUCACCUUUAGGGCUGCAACUAUAGCUUUAAGUGUGUGCAGGUGAAAUUGUUUAAAAGUGAGUAACCUCAGAUACUAAAACCAUCCUCCAGGUGGGACAGGGUGAAGAGCUGUUCAAGGUGCCAGUGUGUGCCCAGGCUGUGCUCACCUUGAGCUAGAAUUCCCUGGGGCAAAGAGGGUGGGGAGCUCAGAGCAGGCAAAGCCAGGAGGAGGAAGCUUUCAUGGGGAGAGAAAAGUUACUUAUCUUUCUACCAAAACCACGUUCAGGAAAAUAACUCUCUGCUGUGUGUUCUUAGUGCCACUUUCUUCCGCAAGGUCCGUGCGUCGUCUCCCUCCUCUGUCUGGCACUGCUAAGCAUCCAGGGCACCUUCCCAGGCCUGGUGUUGGCCUUUCGCAGUCCGUGGUCGCAGGGCUGGGACCCCGGUGGCUGCCUCCGGCGCAGCGCUCCUGAGCAGUCAGACCAACAUCAUUCUGUGCCCGGGAGAACGAGGGCACUGCCCCGUCCGGACCAGCUGCGCGCUGGGCCGCUGUUCACUUUGAGGCAGCUCAGCCUGCUCGCUGAGGCGGUGGCAGCCCAGGCCAAGGUGGCACCUUCCCUGGAGGGAAGGCCGGAGUUAACUGGCGUGAAGGUGGGUCGAGGGAAGUGUCGGGGUGGGUGGAGGAGGGAGCCACAUGGCGGCAUUUCUUUGACUCAGGCUCCUAGGAUGCUUGACAAGACCGAGUUUUUUGGAUGAACCUCAUCUCACCCUAGUUAUUUUUUCACUUUUGUUAUAUAUGUAUUUAUUAGAUCAUUUGAGUAUUGGUACCUUUUAUUAAAGGGGUUGAUGUGUUUUGCCGUGGAGCUGGUUUUUGGUUUCCUACAAAUGCUAUGAGUCAUAGACCUUCCUUCGGGAAGUCGGUUGGCCUCCAUACACUAUAAUAUACUGUGAACACAUGGUCUUGUUAUCUAAUAAAUCAGCGAACGAACAUGCAGGUGUUUGGCAUAAUGUGAACUAAAACUGAAUUGGAAAAUGUUAGUGGCCAUUUUGCAACCAGUAAGAGCAUAGCACUUUAUCUAGAUGAAAACUGGAUUUCUUAUCUUUGAAAUAUCGUGAACUGUUUAUUGCUCAGAACUUAAAUAAGCAUGCUGACACUUCAUUUGUUCAUGCUUGAAGUGAAAUGUUUUACUUUUCACUGGAGAAGACAAAACAGGGUGAUCUUCACGUUAUUGUUUUAUACGAGUGACAAAAGUAUACAUCGCCUUGUUUAAAGGCAAAUUCAUAUUUAUAAAUAUUUUGUCUGUUUUUUCCUCCAUGAAACGUAUGCAGUGAUCACUUACCGGGAAGGUGAGUUUUUAUUCUGUUAUUAAGGAGAGAUACUUUCCAAUUGAAGGUGAUUGCUGUAGGGAACUGUUUGUACUAUAUAUAACCCAUAUAUUUGACUGCAGGUUGCAAAGUUUAAGAAAAUGAUGGUUGAUAUCUAAUAUAUUUGGAACUGAUUCAUAAGAAAAACUAUUAAAAUUAUCUUUGAAAUGA